GUCGAACAAAAACCUUUCGGCUCAGCUAGAGCCCAGAGGAUACAUUUUAGUCAUAAGUCAAAAAAGAAAGUCAUACAUUUGUUUAUUUUAAAGUUAACUUUUCACGAAUCGUAAAUGAACAUAAAUUGAAAUAAAUAAUCUAAAAUGAAAACCGCAGAUAGGUAUGAUGAUGAUAAUCUUAGCAAGACAUCAAAGACACCUCACAUAACUAGGUAUGAUGAGAAUGAUGAUCUAAUAAAGACAUCAAAGACUCACAUAAUACCAAGGCCGAGCUGGAAAGCAAUGUGUUUGUUAUUGGAUCAUCAUUCUGACACUUCUUUUGUCCUGUUUUGCACGGCCUUCACUCAAGUGAGUGCUUGGUUACCAUGGUGUCUGCGACUCUGGAGCUGGUGGGCUUCUUCUUGGGCGUGCUGGGCCUACUUGGCAGCAUCGUGGCCACGGUGCUCCCCUUCUGGGAGGUCUCGGUGAACAUCGGCGCCAAGAUGAUGACGAUGACGACGACCGGGGGAAGCACGAAGGGCCUAUGGAUGCAAUGUGUCCACAAGCUGACCGGGGCCUUUCAUUGCGAGACGUACAACUCCAUACUGAUGUUGUCCUCUGACCACCAGGUGUCCCGGGUCCUCAUGGUGGUCUCCCUGGUGCUGUCCAUGCUGGGCCUGGUCAUCGUCGUCCUGGGUAUGCAGAGCACCAUCUGCCUGCAGGGCCCAGUGGAGCUCAAGAAACGGGUGACGGGUGUGGGCGGGUGCAUCCUCAUCAUCGCAGGCCUCAUGACGCUUGUGCCCGUCUCUUGUACAGCCAACAAGGUGAUCCAGACAUUCUACAAUCUUGACAUGCUUCCCGCACCCAAGUUCGAGCUGGGCCACUGUAUCUACUUGGGCAUGGUCUCGGCGUUGUUCUCCAUCCUGGGUGGCAGCGUGCUGGCUUUGUCCUUCUACCAGGGGCAAUGGUGUGGAAGACAUCGCGGCAGCUACCCGUACACGGUGGACGGUGCCGAUGUGGCGGUGGUGCAAAACCCCAACGUCCUGCAAAUGGGAAGCAUUGGCGAUAGCAGGAUCUACAGGGGAAUCCAAGUGAAACCCAUAAGGGCAGGAUAUGACUUCACAGGAUACGUGUGAUAUUACGGAAGCGUAUUGCAUUCACUUGGAUUAAAAAAAACAACUCCUGUUUUUCUGAGUAAUUUUUUUGAGGGCUUUGUUUUUCUGACUAUUUUUUUCUGUUUUUCUGACUAAUUUUUUUCCACCUGUUUUUCUGACUAUUUGUGUCUGUAUUUCGGACAAAUUUUUUUUUCACCUGUUUUUCUGACUAUUUUUUUCUGAGUUAUCGGGACACAUCGAACUCACGCGAGAAACUGCGAACUGCAAGUGACUCUUUGCGGACUCAUUAACGGCGGAUUACUGCUCGCACACCUUCAACCUGCCCAUACGCGUUUACCUUACAGGUUCAAUUAAGGUAAGUCACAUAAUGAGUAACACAUUGUAUGAUACUCCAAAUAGUUUGGUUUUAGACUGUGUAAGCCAAUAUUUACUAUAUGGUUUUAUGUAGCAAUUAAGUAAUAGACGAAAUCGAACGUCUCCUCGGCAUGAUUUCAGUAAGGUAACAGUUACUAUAUACUAUAUGUUUAGCGGAUCCUGUUCAUUGCUCGCCCUUGACUUGACAACGUGAUUUUCAUCAUAACGUUAGUAUACAAUAACAUUACGAGACAUUCGUUGUAACGAUAGUUUAUAUACCAAGUAUACACUAACACUACAGAGGCAUAGUAACAGUGUGAAAUGUUUAACAUGAGGCACGUAAGCGUGUAAAGUUGCCAGUAGACUAUUGAAAUACUGUUAACAACAACAACAAAACUAAUAAAAGCCCACAUUGAGCUGCUGA